AUGGAGUUUUCUGACAAGGAGAUUGGGGAUGCACUCUUCCAAAUCAGACCUUUAAAAGCCCCGGGGCCAGAUGGUUUUCCUGCCAGGUUCCUUCAACGAAACUGGGGCGUCUUAAAGGAAGAGGGAGUUAAUGAAACCACAAUAGUUCUCAUUCUGAAAGUGGAUAAUCCUGAAUCGUUAGCUCAGUUCCGCCCCAUUAGCCUGUGCAAUGAAAAGGAUCCAGAGAAGAGUUUUUGUGCAUACAAGCUGGAUCUGUCAAAGGCUUAUGAUCGUGUUGAUUGGGUCUUCUUGGAGCAAAUGAUGAUUAAGUUGGGUUUCGCUCAUCAGUGGGUGCAAUGGAUAAUGCAGUGUGUCACCUCUGCUGAGGAGUUUGAAGAUAAAUAUCUAGGUCUCCCGACCCCACAUGGUAGAAUGCACAAGGGCCGUUUUCAAAGUUUGCAAGAGAAGCUACUGAAAUGGAUGCUAGUCUGGGGAGAUGGGUUCCCGUCCCAGGCUGGUAAGGAGACUCUAAUCAAGGCCAUUGCUCAAUCGAUACCCACAUACAUAAUGAGUGUGUUUAAACUACCAAGAGCAGUAUGUGACGACCUCAUGCGCAUGGUCUGUAAUUACUGGUGGGGUGCAAGCAAAGGACGAAGGAAAACUCACUGGUUGUCCUGGGAAAAAAAUACCUUGCCAAAGGCGAAAGGAGGGCUAGGGUUCCGUGACUUCCGAGUUUUCAACCAGGCUCUUCUAGCAAGACAAGCUUGGAGGCUUCUAACCAAGCCAAACAACUUGUGUGCAAGAGUCAUGAAGGCGAGAUACUUUCCAAAUGGGGAGCUUCAGGACACAGUAUUCUCGGGCAAUGCAUCGCCAGCCUGGCAGGGAGUUCAGCACGAAUUAGAACUUCUGAAGAAGGGGCUCCUUUGGCGUGUUGGCCUCAUCACGGAGCAGGGUACAUGGAAUGUGCAGCUACUUUGGAAGCACUUUCACCAGGUAGAUGUCGAAGUGAUCAUGCAGAUCAAGCCGUGUGCCCGGCGCAUGGAGGAUGUGUUGGCAUGGGCGCCAAGUGCAAAUGGAGUCUUUACUGUCAAAAGUGCGUACUGGCUCGGCAUGGAGGAGCUGAACCGGCCUUUUAUAGGCGCCACGAGCAGGGCACCGAAUGGUCGAAGGGCCAUUUGGAAGGCAAUUUGGGGGUGUCCCAUGGCGAGGAGUGCAUGGCAAGCAAUGGAGGAAUUCUGGAGUUUGCCGAAUGUGAAGGAAAUGAAGUCGUCUGAUCAUGAAUGGCUGCUGCACAUGCUGGACAGGAAGACAGAGAUACAACGUGUCAUGAUCUUAAUGACACUUUGGCGCAUAUGGUACUGCCGAAAUGAAGUGAUCCAUAACAAGCUGACGCCAUCCAUCAAGGUUUCAAGACAUUUCCUUUGUAGCUACCUGGAGUCUAUCUUAGUGAUCAAACAAUUUCCUGACGCUGAUCCAACGAAAGGAAAAUCAAUGGUGGUAUGGGAGAGGAAGGCUAAUACAUCAGGAAGGAAGAUGGACAUGAAGGAGAAGACUGUAAAGAAGUGGAAGAAACCCCCAGAUGGAUACGUGAAACUGAAUAUGGAUGGGUCGUACUGUCAGGCAGAUGGGACAGGAGGUUCAGGGAUGAUAUUGCGCGACGACGCUGGCCAUGUCAUCGUCUCGGCAUGA